UCCAGGAACGCGGAAGUAGUGAACCUGUCCAGGAAAAGCGCGGCAGGUGGGACUGGACGCAGGAGGAGGCGGCCGCGCCUUCGGUGAAGCGACCCUGGCUGAGCGAGGGCUGCAGGGCCCAGGCCCGAGUCGGUGGGGGCGUCGUGGCCGCAUGUGGCCUGCAGGCCGAGGCCGGCGGACGGACACGGGCCUGGGCGUUCCUGAACCGGGACGAGCGCCGGCCGUGCUUCUAGACUGAGGGUUCCGAGGCGGCGCUCCGUAACCCCCGCCUCUCCAGGUCCCGGGUUUACCUGGAGGCUCGGCUUCGGGGGAAGGUAUCAAGAAACUGAUAAUGUUUCCUUGAAUUUGCUUCCCUGUUCGCUUCAUCAAUGUCUCUCCUAUUGAAUAUCUUAAGAGAGAUACUGGAAUAUUUCGGCGUUCCCAUGGACCAGGUUUUGCAGACUUGGGGAAAUAAAGGCUAUGGAUCAGCUCGGAGUAUUGUUCGUAUUAUUGGGAAAAUUCUUCCUUUAGAACCUUGUCACAGGCCUGAUUUUGAGUUGAUCCCACUCUUGAACUCUGUAGACUCUGGUAACUGUGGAUCUGUAGUUCCAUCUUUUGCUGAUAUCUUGUGUGUGGCAAAUGAUGAAGAAGCCAGUUAUCUCAGAUUUCGAAAUUGUAUAUGGAAAAAUGAGGAAGAGGAGAAGAGUGAAGUUUUCCAUCCUUUGCAAUUAGUUUGGGAUCCACUGUCACCUGCUCCAAGAUAUAACAAACCAGUGAAAAAUCCUCAGCCUGUAAAUGAAGCUGCAAUUAAAAAAAUAGCUGCCCUUGAAGAUGAGCUAACUUUUCUUCGCUCUCAGAUUGCUGCAAUUGUGCAAAUGCAGGAGCUGAAAAACAGCACAAGUUCUGGAUCCUUUGACUCAACUGAUGGGCCUGGUGGUCUGGGACAAGUGCCAUCAUCAGGGACUGCUCGACUGAGUGUCAGACCAGAUCCAUUUUCAAGUGCAGUGCUUCCCGCUCCUCCUCCUCCGCCCCCGCUGCCCCCUCAGCUUUCUUCUCUGCGGCCUCCGUGUUCUCUUGUGCAGCCAGGAUACAGUGUUAUUUGUGACUCAGAUAAUUCAGCAACUGAAAUGAAAAAACAGCAUCCAGGUGCUAGUAAGACCAGUAAUAGUCAUUCAAAAAGCCAGAAAAGCAGAGAUGUUCCCCACAUGUUGGAUGUUCUGAAGGAUAUGAAUAAUGUUAAACUUCGUGCUAUUGAACGGUCACCUGGAGGCAGACCCAUUCACAAGAGGAAAAGACACAGUUCACAGUGGGAUCCAGUGUCUUUAAUAUCCCAGGCUCUUAAGCAGAAAUUUGCGUUCCAAGAAGAUGAUUCCUUUGACAAAGAAAAUAGGUCUUGGGAGUCUUCUCCAUUUUCUAGUCCGGAAACUUCAAGGAUGAGCUCUAAUAAUGUAAAUUUGGACAUCACAUUUCACAGUUGGAAGGACAGUGACCUAAAGGAAGAACUGAUAAACACAAAAGGUGUUGUGACCAAGGUGUGAACAGCACAAGCUGUGUCCGCACUUACAAGGAGAGACUGCAGAGAUAUACCAGCAUGCCUUUCGCUACAUGUUAAUCUUCUGUUGAUGAAAUUAAAGGAAGCCUGUGCACCAGGAUAUAUUAGUGCAGAAGUCUGAAAAGCCUUGACCCUUAAGAAUACCCAUUUCUGGUUUUGGACAUUCCAGCCUUUGAAUCUUUUAAAAAUUGGUAGUGACCUGGUUUACUUGGCCUCCAGGACCUUGGAGAUUUUUAAAGAACAUAAUUGUUUCAUUAAGAUAGUCAUAGCUUGAAUCAAUAGGUUGAGCCUCCCAAAUAUUCUUCCUGAAGGUGAUAAUUAUUCUUAGAAACUGAUUUGAUAAAGGCUAGUAUUUAAAGAAUCUUCAUAAGUUUUGCCUAUACUUGCUAUGUAAAUACAUAUGCCUAUCAUUUUAUUUCCUUUGUUCCUUAUUAGUUGUACUCUGUUCCUUUGUAUAUAAAAUGUAAAAAAAUGUACUUUUGUAACUUGGUUGUGUUUUGUAGCAAUUCAAAUUCAUUUUUUUUCUUACUACUUGGUUUAUAAAGUAUGAACUUGUUUUUUGAAAGAGUUCUUUAGGUAGAGUUUCUUGGGUAAUGUAAAUGAAACAUAAGUUUGAAGUAGAUAUUUUGUGCCUCUGCCCAUUUACUAAUGUGAUAUGGAAAUUUACAUGUUUCCGUAGACCUCCAGCCUGUGCACCAGCCAGAGAGCUUAGGUUCCAUUUGAGUGGACUCAGCACCUACCCUUUUGCCAGGCUCCCCUCUCAGAAAAGCCCAGUCUUCCCACAGUUUUCUUGUUAACGUGGUAGAGUGGGUGCCUAGCCCUCCUCUCCAGCCCCUUUCUCCUGGUUCCUUCCAGUUAGGAGCUGCCAUGCAAUAGCUGUCUGACCAUGAGGUAUGGGCUUCGGAUUACAGAGAUGUGAACCCUGAUAUUGCUGAGCUGUUGAACCAACACCAGCAGUCGCUGUCUUCAACUUCCUGUUAUAUGAGAAAGACUAACAAGAAAAAUGUGCCUUGUGGGUUUUCUGUUACUUGCAGCUGGAAGCAUUCGUAAUUCUAGGGCAGGUAUGGCAGUGUGGCUUUGAGCCUGCCUGCUAUUCUGUGUCCUUUUGUGAGGAUUCUCCCUGCUGUUCCUGCCCCUCCUGUACACUUCUCACCCUGCCUUUUGUCCUUUCACUGUCCUUGUAAUUAGAGGUCCCCCCGCCCCAUGAUGUAACUGCUUUUUAUCUCCCAAGGUAGCUUAAAUGUUCAGUUUUAUAGUUUCCUUAUUAAAAAAUGUAUAAUGAACAGCUCCUCCCCAACAACCAGCAGGGACCUUUGGAAGAUACCACCCCCUGCCAAGUGAAGUAUAUUUCCUGAGAUAGCUCAAGUUGAUUUUUUUUUUUUUUUUUUGGACGGGGUGCUUUUCUGUCCAUUUCAGAAUGUAUUUCCUGCCCGUGCAAAACUACAUUUCAGUACCACGAUACCACCAGGAUCGAGUUGACCAUGGGCUCACCUCUGUUGAGAAGUUUGACUUCUGGUGUCCUGGGAUAUGUGAGCACAGGCCUUGAAAUUCUGGAAUGGCCCAGACUUGGGCUCCUGGUGACUGUUGUGUCUGCCUUAGAGUUCCUCAGGGUUAGGGAUUCAGUGUAGGCCUUCACCAUGAAUCUGUCCAUAAAUUAGCUAAUACCUCACUAUUUAUAAAAUCAUAUUUGAUUGCAUUUUAAGUUUAUCCAAAUACACUAUUGUUAUUGGUGGAAGUGGAAUUCUUGGGAGAUGCAAGGAAAAGACCAUGCUUUUAAAGUCUGGCCUUCCCUUUGCUCUCUUCCAAUUAUUAAUAUUAAUAACUAGCUGAUUAUGAUGAUAACUAUGAAUGCUGAAAUAGUUUCUGUUCUUGUAAGUUGUAUAAAUGCUAGCUGCCUUUCCUGACAUUAAAACAAUUCUCUCACUUGCC